UGGCCUUGCAUUAAGCAGCCAUGAAGACAACAGGUUUCUUUGUGCUACUUGGCCUGUCUCUUUUCUUCUUCUUCUCUGAUGUGGCCAGUAAAGACAGGAGCCAGGUUGACUGCAAGGAGUUCAUGGAUGACAGCGUGUACUGCACAAGGGAGUCCAACCCCCACUGUGGCACAGAUGGCAUGACGUACGGCAACAAAUGUUCCUUCUGCAAGGCCGUCAAGAAAAGUCUGGGAAGUAUUCGUUUGGAGCGUCUUGGAAAGUGUUGAAAGCUGCCCUUCUGUUUUCACUCUCCACCAACUGCUGCAGAUCCCUGC